UAGUAGAACUCUCUUUUUGUACAAAGCAGCUGAGUUUUCUUUGACUCGUAGGAACACGACGACGAGUUCUGAAAAGCGGAAAGGGAUUCAAAAUUGGGGAAAUACUUCAGAGGGCUGUGACACCUGGUCACAGCAAUACUUACUAUUCCCGGCCAGCGUCGUGGGUUAAAAUUAGAACUCGUCAGGCGUUGCAUUUCACUCUUCCAUAGUUGGUACAAAGGUUGUAAAUGGCUUUAGCAAAGCAUUCAGGGUUUGCAGCCGACUUCUGUUGUCGCACAGGAAUCGGGGAGUCAUGGAAAACCAGGAAAUAAUUGAGGCCUGCAAAGGAGGCUGUGAUCAUUUUAGGCUGUGGAACCCUCUCACUUUCAUUGUAAAUUUUUUAUUAUUAUUAUUACUGAAAGUUAGCAAGGAUCAACAAUUCUUGACACUGAAGGUCUCGCCAGGUUUUCCUCUUUUAUGUGUGACGCCCCUGUAUGCGCCGGUGAUGCAGAAAAAUGAAACCAGACACUGAACCGGGAGAUGGAAGGGCCAUGACUGAAACGUCAGUUUGUGUCGGCACGUUUACAGCUGUUAAGGCACUUUGGGAAGUCAGGAUCCAGAAAAUAAGCGAAGAGCUUCGAAAGCAAAAGGCAUUCAGUCAGAGGUCUGCAGAGAGGCUGACACUUGUUUGGGAAGAGAGAGUCAGUUUGGCCAAGCUCAAGGAAAAAGUUAUCACAGAAGAUGGAAGGGCUGUUUUAAAGAUUGAACAAGAAGAAUGGAAGACUCUGCCUUCUUGCUUACUGAAACUGAACCACCUCCAGGAAUGGCAACUUCACAGAACUGGUCUGGUUAAAAUCCCUCAAUUCAUCGGUCGCUUUCAGAGUCUCAUUGUUCUAGAUCUGUCUCGAAAUUCCAUUGCAGAAAUUCCUAGGGAAAUUGGCCAGUUGUCAAAUCUCCAAGAGCUGAUCCUCAGUUACAAUAAAAUUAAAUCUGUUCCUAAAGAGCUAAGCAACUGUGUCAGCUUAGAAAGACUGGAGCUGGCAGUGAACAGAGACAUCUGUGACCUUCCCCAUCAGCUCAGCAACAUGAAGAAGCUUUAUCACCUAGAUCUGAGUAUGAAUCAGUUCACCACCUUCCCAUCAGUCAUCCUGGAUAUGCCAAACCUGGAAUGGUUAGACUUGGGGAGCAACAAAAUUACAGAAAUCCCUGGGGAUCUGGACAGAGCUGAAAACCUACAUACUUUGUGGCUCCAAAGGAAUGAAAUAACUCAUUUACCCGAAUCCAUUCGUAACCUGAAAAAUCUGAGCACGCUUGUCCUUACCAGCAACAAGCUCCAAGAUAUUCCUGCUUGCCUAAAGGACAUGACGGAGCUGAGAUUCGUCAACUUCAGAGACAAUCCACUGAAGCUGGAGGUAACACUACCCCCUUGUGAGAAUCCUGAAGAAGAAGAAGAACAGGAACUGUAUGGCAUUCAGUUCAUGCACGCAUACAUUCAGGAGUCGCUCAGCAGAAAAGAAAACAUGGAAGGUGGUAUGCUAGCUGGUGCUGCUGUCAAUGAAAAGUAAAAAGAAAUCUUUGCCAGUCUGAGUUUUCACUGCUGCUGGAAGUUCACAAGAAUAUG